UGCCAACCGGGGGUCCAGAGCACGAGCCAACAGCGGAGAUUGCUUGAAGAUGGACGGACUGGCAGUGCUGCUAGUGAUCGGCGGGCUGCUGGGAGGCUGCACCGUGGCCAGAGCCUGCAGUAUUCCGGAGGCCCGCAGAGAGACGCUGGACUCCCUCCUGCGGACCAUGCUGUACAGCGUGGGCGACCCGAACCGGGACCCCAACCCCAGCAUCCUCAUCGCACUCCGGUUGGCCCGGGAUCACCACCUGGAGACGGAGAGACGUCUGACCGAGCAGCUGAGAGAGGCGGCCGCCCAGAAGCUGGACAGGAGGGAAGACUUUACAUCGGGACUCCUGGCUCUCUACACCCUGGCGCUCACGUCCGCCUGCCACAACCCCGAGCACCUUGAAGUUCAGGGGAAGACUUUCAACCUGCUGCAGGUCCUGGAAGAAAAACUCAACCAGGAAAUCGAACAUAUUGAUUCGGAAUCGGUCCCUCUCAGUAACUACUUCCAGGUGUCUCUGGACGUUCUCUCCCUCUGUGUCCAUCACCACCCGCUGACGGCUGACAUGGUCCGGGUCCUCACCGACGCUGUGGAAGGAGAUCGGUUCACGCACGGCGGGGAGUUCUCUGUCG